GCAUUCAAGGUUGGCGGGCGAAGCCAUCUUGGGUUGGUGAGAAGAUACUACCAUAUUUUAUCGUCGUAUAUCGGACACAAAUUUUCACCAUCAGUCAUGGCUGACAGGGAGGAUAACGUCUACAAAGCUAAACUAGCCGAGCAGGCUGAACGUUAUGAUGAAAUGGUGGAGGCGAUGAAAGCUGUGGCUAACCUGGACGUGGAACUGACAGUGGAGGAGAGGAACCUGUUGUCUGUGGCCUACAAGAAUGUGAUCGGCGCACGGCGAGCCUCUUGGAGGAUCAUCAGCAGCAUGGAGCAGAAGACUGAGGGCAGUGGCUCUGGUGCCGAGGCCAAGGUGGAACAGUGCCGGAAUUACAGGAAAAUUGUAGAAAAGGAGCUCACUAAUAUUUGCAAUGAUGUAUUGGCAGUGUUGAAGGACCAUCUUAUACCUGCAGCUGUGUCUGGUGAAUCUAAAGUUUUCUACUACAAAAUGCAGGGAGACUACCACCGAUAUUUAGCCGAGUUUGCCACCAGCAAUGAUAGGAAAGAAGCAGCAGAGAACGCAUUAAUAGCCUACAAAUCAGCGAGCGAUAUAGCCAUGAGCGAAUUGACACCAACACACCCUAUAAGAUUGGGUCUGGCGUUAAAUUUCUCCGUGUUUUACUACGAGAUCUUGAAUUCGCCAGACCGUGCCUGUCGGCUGGCCAAGUCAGCAUUUGAUGACGCCAUAGCUGAACUGGAUACAUUAAGUGAAGAGUCGUACAAAGACUCGACGUUGAUCAUGCAGCUGCUGAGAGACAAUUUGACACUCUGGACGUCAGACAUGCAGGGUGAUGGGGGUGAGGACCAGCAGAAAGAACAGCUGCAGGAUGUGGAGGGAGAAGACGGUUCUUAGGCCAGACCACUCAGUCUUAGCUUUUUAGUACUCAGAAUGUUAAUGUAUUACUGGACAGGUUUGGAAGGAUAAAAACAUUGUAUUAAUGUGAGAUGGGUCUUGAAGCAGUCAGGUCACCCCAAAAUCAUUCCUUGUAUAUUUCUGUGUAAAAAUAACAACAAACAAAUCCCUCAUGUAUUGGGCUUGUUUCUUAUCAGUCACACAUUGGAACAAAUUUGACCUUUUUCACCAGAAGAAGAAGAAAACCACACUCAUUUACAAGAAAAUCUGAUAGUUUUAUCCUGUACCCGUGUCUGUGUGUUAAGUGGCCAGAUUUUUGAGCUCUGCUAUCAAUGAUGUGUCCGUCUCCGUUUUUUGGCCAGGCUGUGUAUGUCCAGGCCCAUUGGUUGACUGUCCGUUCUCACCAGAAAGAUCUUGUGAGCCUGUAGUAGGGUCUACCUGUGUGUAGGAUGGACUUUAAAUUUUAGGCGCGAACCAAGUGAUUUGUAAUGACAUGAUGGGACGCUCAUUUUGAUUGACCUUACUCACUUGGCCACCCGAAGGUACUGUUCUAGUUUUUAUUUAUGAAUAGGACUGAGACAUUUUAACCAAAAACUCAAAAAGGCAAAAAAAUGAAAAAAAAGAAAAAAAAUGGAAAAGCAGAAAUUUUCAACUGUGGACCAACUGAAAGGCUGUCUUUCAAAUUGUGAAAAUUGUCAGCUUUGCAAUGCUCCAGACAGUGGGAUCUAGAAUUCAUUAACCAAAAUAUCACUCUUGGAAAAGAAAAACAAUGUUACUAAAAAAAAUAACAAAAAAAGCGAAAAAAUAAGAAAAUAUUCAUACUAUUAAAAAAAAUCAAUACCAUGAAGUGAGCAGAGUAUGUAGAUAAUUGUGUAUGUAUUGGUAGUUCAGUCCAUGUCUGACACUUUAUUUCUUGUUAAAAAUAAUUGUAUCUGAUCUGGAUGUAAAGUUUGCACAAAUUUUUGAUACUGCAUCUGCUGGUUAACUAUACUGUGUUCAAUAUCUUUUUUUUUUUUAU